UGUUACAAUAAUAUGGUUUGUGUUUCUGAUAUUUGUGAUUGUGAGAUUUCCGCCAUGCAGUAUCAUGAUUCCUUUGAUAAAAGCUGUAAAGCAAUGAGUACAUACAACGAGAAUUGCUCUACACAAGUUGGAGAUGCCUCAUGUUACAAUGAUAUGGUUUGUAAUUCUGGUAUUUGUGAUUGUGAGAUUCCCGCCACGCAGUAUCACGAUCCCUAUGAAAAAAGUUGUAAAGCAAUAAGUACAUACAACGAGGCUUGCUGUACACUAGUUGGAAAUUCCACAUGUUACAAUAAUAUGGUUUGUGUUUCUGAUAUUUGUGAUUGUGAGAUUCCCGCCAUGCAGUAUCAUGAUUCCUAUGAUAAAAGCUGUAAAGCAAUGAGUACAUACAACGAGAAUUGCUCUACACAAGUUGGAGAUGCCUCAUGUUACAAUGAUAUGGUUUGUAAUUCUGGUAUUUGUGAUUGUGAGUUUCCCGCCACGCAGUAUCACGAUCCCAAUGAUAAAAGUUGUAAAGCAAUAAGUACAUACAACGAGGCUUGCUCUACACUAGUUGGAAAUUCCACAUGUUACAAUAAUAUGGUUUGUGUUUCUGAUAUUUGUGAUUGUGAGAUUUCCGCCAUGCAGUAUCAUGAUUCCUUUGAUAAAAGCUGUAAAGCAAUGAGUACAUACAACGAGAAUUGCUCUACACAAGUUGGAGAUGCCUCAUGUUACAAUGAUAUGGUUUGUAAUUCUGGUAUUUGUGAUUGUGAGAUUCCCGCCACGCAGUAUCACGAUCCCUAUGAAAAAAGUUGUAAAGCAAUAAGUACAUACAACGAGGCUUGCUCUACACUAGUUGGAAAUUCCACAUGUUACAAUAAUAUGGUUUGUGUUUCUGAUAUUUGUGAUUGUGAGAUUACCGCCAUGCAGUAUCAUGAUUCCUAUGAUAAAAGCUGUAAAGCAAUAAGAACAUUCAAAGAGAAUUGCUCUACAUUAGUUGGAGAUUCAACAUGUUUUAAUAAUAUGGUUUGUGUUUCUGGAACUUGUGAUUGCGAGAUUCCCACCAUGCAGUAUUACGUUUUUUAUGAUAAAAGUUGUAAAACAAGAGCAAAAUAUAAAGAAUCCUGUCAAGCAUUAGAAGAUGGUUCAAAUUGUUACGGCAAUAUGCUUUGUGUGAGUGGUGUUUGUGGUUGUAACACCACCCAGUAUUAUAACCCAAAUGUACAUAGUUGUAAUGAAACUGGAAGAUACCUUGACCCUUGUUCAACAGCGGUUAGAAAUAUAAGUUGUUACCCUCCUUUGCUUUGUUCGUCCAGUGUAUGCCAUUGUGAACUCCCAGCAAUGAUGCAUUAUGACGCCGAUGAUAAUACGUGUAACGACGCUAGUUUCAAUGCGGAGGAGUUCGUUAAUGAUACGAAGGGAUUUGGAAAUAUUGUAGAAGCAACGAUGGAUUCAAUUCAUCAUAUGCAUAUAGAGAUAGAAGAGAAAGAGCAUAUAAUUGAAGAAAUGGUUACAGUUUUAGCUGUGUUACCUACAGAAAACGAAGCUGAAAUGGAAAAUGUAUUAGAGGCUUCGAACCAAAUUUCUAAGGAAGCAGAUGCCUUAUCAGAUAACGUUCAGGAUGCACUAUUAAAUGUUAUGGACAAGAUAUCUGAUCAGAUAUCACAUACAGAUGUCAAUAAAAGUGAACCGGGUAAAGUAGAAAAUAUGGUCAAGUCACUUUUUGAUUCGAGUUCCAAUCUUUUGGAUUUAAAUCAUGUACCUGAACGUCAUACUGUAAAAGAAAAGGUUAUAGUGGAGGAUAAAUCUGAAACUGGAACUGAAAAUGUCAAACAUGUAGAAGAAACAGAACCUGAACAAGAAGUUCCAUAUGAAAGCCCAGAAGAACAACACGAAACACAAGUUCAAGAAACAGAGGCAGAAAUCAAGGCGAGAGAAAAAAAGAUCGAAAGAACAAAGAAGCUCCUUCACACAGUGGAUAUCAUAGCUGAUUCAGCACUUAAAACUCUGUCAGACGAUGAACCCAAGACAAUGGAAUUCUCAACAAAGACUAUGAAUUUAGUAGUUGGAGUUUCCAAAUUAAACAAUUCAACAAAUACUUCAACAGAUAUAAGCACUUCCAGGAAAAUUGGUAACAAAACCGUCACUAGUUCCUUUAAACUACCACCAGAAAUAAAAGAACAACUAAAAGAAGCUAGUAAGAAUGGAUUUAAAUUUCAGAUGCUUUUCUCAUACAAGAAUCCAAGAUCCUGGGACAAGUCGUCUGCAUACAUUAAUUCUCCAAUGAUUUCGCUAAUUCUUAAGGAUUUAAACCAAAAAACACUUGAUGUAACUAAACUACCAAAGCCUAUCAUCAUUGACAUACCUAUUGGAAGAAACGAAAAAUUCAGCGAAUUUAUUUUGAACUCCCAAGAAGAUAACUUCAUACGUCUUAAAGUGAAACAGCCAGCAAACAUGUUUUACAUGUUGAAGCUUAUGACAGACGGUCCACAGUAUAAUAUGUCAGUGAAGAUUGCAAUAGAAUUUCAUAAACAGGUGUCUUUGUCAGAUGCAGAAAAUGGGACGCUCAUUAGUAAUACACAAAUAGCAUUUUUAAAAGAACCUGAAAAGAAAUCGCUAUACUGGAGUAUAGGACUUAUCGUCAACGAUAGAAGGGAUGGGAAUAUUAGUCAGAAUAUAUCUGUUAAAAUUUCCUCGACUGGCAUUAAUUGUCGAUAUUGGAAUAACACUAUCGGAAAAUGGGUACCAGAGGGAUGUCGGGUUUCACCUGUUUCAUCAAGCGAAACACUAGAGUGUGAAUGUGAUCAUCUUACCGAUUUUGCUGGAGGAGUUUUCGUAUUACCGAAUAUUGUGGAUCCAUUUCAAGAUGCUUUACUAUUUUUGACGUUCUUUGACAACCCAGUUGUAGUGACAGUAAUGAUAUUGGUCUGGUUAAUAUAUUUUCUGGGUCUUUACAGGGCAAGGCAAGCUGAUCGGAAGGAUUCAAAUUUUGAUGGUAUAGUGACACCCUUUCCAAGUGAUCCUUCUGACCCGUUUAAGUAUCUUAUGUGCAUUGUCACUGGGUGGCGGUAUGAUGCUAGAACUACAGCAAACGUUUCAUGCUACAUAAAAGGCAACAAUGGACAAAGUGCAAGGCAUUGUUUAAGUAGGACCUCAUCACCGCAGGUUUUGUUUACAUCUGGUGGUGAGGACUGGUUUCUAAUUACUUCUUCCUACAAUAUAGGAGACAUGGUGAAUGUAAUUGUUUGGCACGACAACAGUGGUUCCUCGCCAUCAUGGUUUCUUUCCAGAAUAAUUAUACAAGACUUGCAAACUAAAAAAGUAUUUAAUUUCUACUACGAUAAUUGGCUUGGAAUUCAAAGUGGUACUGCUAAAGUGUGUUUGUCAAUCAAGUCAGGUUACGAGUUGAAGCAACAAUUUUUACUUAGAACAAGUCAGGAUUUACGUAGAGGGCAUUUAUGGAUCAGUAUAAUCUCUAAACCACCAUGUAGUAAUUUUACGAGGGCUCAAAGAUUAUCAUGCGCAUUGUCUUUAUUGUUUUGUACAAUGUUAUCCUGUCUAAUGUUUCAUGGAAUUCCGACUGACGAAACGAUUAGUUCUGAUGUAGCAAGUAUUCAAUUUGAAUUCUCUCUGAAAGACUUUAUCAUUGGUUUGGAAAGUAGUAUUAUAAUGUUUCCUAUAAACUUUGCCAUCAUUGAACUUUUUGUGCGAUCAAAAACAAAACAGCUACAUAAAGAACGCUAUCUGGAAAUUGAUGUUAACCGUCCAACGACAAGUGAUGAAAAAGGAUCAGAUAAAACGGAUAAUGAGAUUGUUGCAGUAAAACGAUGGAUGUUUCCAUGGUGGGUUAUAUACAUUGCAUGGACCACAACUAUUUUGACAUCGUUGGUUUCGUCAUAUUUUGUUAUGCUGUAUGGAUUAAAAUAUGGCUACUAUGAAAGUUUGAACUGGCUAGUUUCCUUUCUUACAGCAUUUGUUGAUGAUGUCUUUUUAAUGGAGCCUAUCAGUGUCGUGUUUUUUGCCAUGUUGUUCACCUUUAUAUUGAAACGGGAAAUCAAAAUUGAUUCUGCUCCAGCCUUGAUUGUACACAAACCAGAAAAAAACAAUGCAUUAAUGCAGAAAAGAAGUAAUACGAAAUCAAUUAUCCCAGGACAUGCUUCAAAAAAAGAUUUGAAGAAAGCUAAACAAGAACUUGAUUUAAAAGAAAAGAUCCAGACCAAUCUCCAAGAUAUAAUUCUGUAUGUGUUUUUCACAUUUAUGUUGUUAUUUGUUGUUCACAGCCAUCGACCAGUGGAGAAAUGUUUCAUGCAGUCACAAGAUAUCAACAAUAUUUUUAUCCAAAAUACAUUAGAACAUGUUAAGACACGUGGUGAUAUUUGGACUUAUAUCAACGAAAGUGUUAUUCCUCCAUUGAGUAGAACAAUACCUUAUGACAUGUCAAAAAAGAUUCCAGAAAAUGAUUUUCUACUGAUAGGAAAAUUUCGUCUGCGACAGAUAAGAGUUAAAAGAGACAGCUGUAAAUUCCCAGAUAAGUUGAGGAAACUGUUUGGCUUGGACCAUCUUGACAUGAAAUGUACAUCUACAUUGAACACGGUAAAUGAUGACAAUGACAAUUACAACAAAUCAUGGCAGAUUCAGUCACAACUAGUAACACCCACUGAUGAAUGGUCCUUCCAAAAUGCUUGGGACUUAGAGUCUGUGCCAUAUCUAGGCGAGCGGGCAAUAUAUGGUGGAGGUGGCUACUUGGUUGACAUGAACACAAGUCCUUCAUCUAUUUUAAAGCUUUCAGAGUUAAUGCUUAAGUCAUGGAUUGACACAAGAACAAGAGCUUUUUUCAUAGAAUUCGUCUUGUAUAAUCCCAAUGUUAACAUGUAUAGUUCAGUUAUGAUCGUUUUUGAGUAUAGCAGUCCUGGUACACUAACAACAUCAUUUCAAAUAUAUACAACACCUUUAUCCCACUACUCCACUAGUAAAGAAAUUACCAGUUUGGUGUUGGAGAUAGUAUUUUUUCUUUUAACGAUUGUCGUGUCUUAUAUUGAGAUCAAAAAGAUAAGACUGGUCGGUUUGAAAAUUUACUUUAAAAGGUUUUGGAACAAACUGUCCUUGUUGAUGUUAAUAUUGUGCUAUACUUCAAUGGCGAUUUUUAUAGAGAGAUUUAGAAUGAUAACACACAUAAUCCGCCAGUAUAGAAGUGAUGGUAAAGACAGUUACAUUAAUUUUAGUCUUGCGAUCCUUUGGGAUUGCAUAUUAUUUUACAUUUUGGCUUUAUUAACCGUUAUCACAAUGAUAAAACUACUGAAACUUUUAAUGCUGAAUCAGAAAUUGAAAUACCUAUUUUCAUUGAUGGAACAUGUAAGAAAACCUUUGAAAUAUUUCUUUUUUAUCUAUGUUAUUUCAUUGUUAGCGUUUGCAUGUUGUGGACAUUUGUUGUUUGGGGCAUCAUUAGCUGGUUACAGAUCAUUCGCAGACAGUUUGAUGGUCCUUAUAGAAUGUACUUUCAGGAUUGUCAAUUAUAAUCAAUAUCUUGAAUUUCAUCCCCAAUUAGGUCCUCUUUUUAUACUUUUGUUCAUAUUUAUAUUUGUGUUUGGUUUAAUGAAUAUGUUUACUGUCAUUGUAAUGAAUGCGCAGAAAUCCUUAAGACAAAAAGGAGUAAAACAUGAUGACCAGCUUACAUUACUGAUUAAGUACGCUGUGCAGAGCAUCAGAAGAAUGUUCCGAUAAUAUAAUAAAUCAGUACUCAGUGCAGCAUUAGAAGAAUGUUCCGAUAAUAUAAUAAAUCAGUACUCAGUUCAGCAUUAGAAGAAUAUUCCGAUAAUAUAACAAAUCAGUACUCAGUGCAGCAUUAGAAGAAUGUUCCGAUAAUAUAAUAAAUCAGUACUCAGUUCAGCAUUAGAAGAAUAUUCCGAUAAUAUAACAAAUCAGAACUCAGUGCAGCAUUAGAAAAAUGUUUCGAUAAUAUAAUAAAUCAGUACUAAGUACAGCAUCAGAAGAAUGUUCCGAUAAUAUAAUAAAUCAGUACUAAGUACAGCAUCAGAAGAAUGUUACGAUAAUAUAAUAAAUCAGUACUCAGUGCAGCAUUAGAAGAAUGUUCCGAUAAUAUAAUAAAUCAGUACUAAGUACAGCAUCAGAAGAAUGUUCCGAUAAUAUAAUAAAUCAGUACUAAGUACAGCAUCAGAAGAAUGUUACGAUAAUAUAAUAAAUCAGUACUCAGUGCAGCAUCAGAAGAAUGUUCCGAUAAUAUAAUAAACCAGUACUCAGU